UGUUGCAUGCUGUGUUUAAGUGUGGGAAAGACAACAUGGGGAAAGGUUUCUACAUCAGUAAAAGUGUUGGGGUGGUGGCUAUCAUCCUGGGUGCAGGCGCCCUGGCUACUAUCAUAGCUCUGUCUGUUGUUUACUCUCAGGAAAAGGCUAAAAAUAAUGAUAAUGUAUUGCCAACAGAUGGAGGAUCGACCAAGCCCCCUGUCACGACACCUGCCCCGUCCAACAAUCCUUGGGACAGGUAUCGACUACCCAAGAGCCUGGUGCCGGAAAUCUACCAUGUCACUCUGUGGCCAAGACUGACUCCAGAUCCAGAAACUAAACUCUACAUCUUUUCUGGUAAUUCCACUGUGGAGUUUAAGUGUGUUGAGGAGACUGACCUGAUUCUUAUCCACUCCAAUAAACUGAACUACACCACACUUGAGAAUAACCAUUUGGCGAGGCUGACCUCAGUUAAUGGAGACAAAGCCCCCUCCAUCACGAAAUCCUGGCUCCAACCUGUGACUCAGUACCUGGUCCUACAGCUGGAUGGUAAACUGACAAAAGACCAGCACUACCAGCUCUUUACUGAAUUUACUGGAGAGCUGGCUGAUGACCUGGGAGGCUUCUACAGGAGCGAAUACUGGGAGAAUGGAGAGCUAAAGGUUGUUGCUACCACUCAGAUGCAGCCAACAGAUGCAAGAAAGGCUUUCCCCUGUUUUGAUGAACCAGCUAUGAAAGCCAUAUUUCACAUAACUCUGAUCCACGAUGCUGGAACUGUGGCCCUGUCCAAUGGUGCAGAAAUAGAAUCAAUGAGCACUGGUCAUGGUCUGCAGACGACAGUUUUUGAGCCAACUCCGAAAAUGUCGACCUAUCUGUUGGCUUUCAUUGUCAGUGACUUUGGAUACAUCAAUAACACCAUUGAUGACGUUUCGGUCCGGAUCUUCGCCCGAAAGCCUGCCAUUGCUGCUGGGCAAGGAGAUUAUGCCCUGAAAAUAACUGGACCCAUUCUCAAGUUCUUUGAGAAGUAUUACAGUUCCAAGUACCCUCUGCCCAAGUCUGAUCAGAUAGCUCUACCAGACUUUAAUGCUGGAGCCAUGGAGAACUGGGGUCUGAUCACUUACAGAGAGACAGCACUGCUCUAUGAUGAAGAGUUCUCCUCCAACUCCAACAAGCAGAGGAUUGCCACCAUCAUUGCUCAUGAACUGGCUCACAUGUGGUUUGGUAAUCUGGUGACCCUGAGGUGGUGGAAUGACUUGUGGCUAAAUGAAGGCUUUGCAUCCUACGUUGAGUACCUUGGAGCAGAUGAAGCUGAACCUGAAUGGAAUGUGAAAGACCUCAUCGUGCUUAGUGAUGUCCACAGGGUAUUUGCCAUCGAUGCCCUGGUCUCAUCUCAUCCUCUGUCCUCGAAGGAAGAGGACAUUCAGAAACCAGCACAGAUCAGUGAGCUGUUUGAUGCUAUCUCUUACAGCAAGGGAGCAUCUGUUCUGAGGAUGUUGUCAGAUUUCCUAACUGAAGAAGUCUUCACACUGGGACUACAGACCUACCUGGAAGAAUUUGCCUUUAAGAACACAGUCUACACAGACCUAUGGAAUCAUCUGCAAAUGGCUGUAACUGCUAAUGGAACCAAACUUCCUGACACUGUCCAUAACAUCAUGAACACCUGGGUGCUGCAGAUGGGCUUUCCUGUGGUCACCAUAAACACCACCUCUGGAGUUGCAUCCCAGGAACACUUUCUCUUGGAUCCAGAAUCUGAAGUUACCACUCCAUCUCUCUUCAACUAUCAAUGGAUUGUUCCAAUCAAGUGGAUGAAGACUGGAAUAAUCCAGACACCAGAAUGGCUAACAGAAAAAUCAGCAACAUUCGGGAAGAUGAAAGUAUCAGGUGAUGACUGGGUACUGGCCAACCUCAACGUGGUUGGUUACUAUAGAGUCAACUAUGAUAUGGUCAACUGGGGGAAACUCCUAACUGCUCUAAGCACCAAUCAUGAGGCUAUUUCAGUGAUCAACAGAGCUCAGCUGGUGGAUGAUGCCUUCAACCUUGCCAGGGCAAAGAUCAUUCCUACAGUGCUGGCCCUAAACACCACCAAGUACCUGAGCAAGGAGAGAGAAUAUAUGCCCUGGGAGUCGGCUGUAGGAAACCUGGACUUCUUCUACCUCAUGUUUGACCGCAGCGAGGUUUAUGGUCCUAUGCAGGAUUAUCUAAGGAAACAGGUCACCCCUCUCUUUCUAUACUACAAAAAUAUGACUGACAACUGGACGAAGGUACCUAAUGGACACAUGGACCAGUAUAAUCAGGUGAAUGCUAUCAGCCUGGCUUGCAGAACAGGCCUUUUGGAAUGCCAGAAUCUGGCCAUGGGAUGGUUCAAGCAAUGGAUGGACACUGGGAACAACACGAUCCACCCCAACCUGCGUUCCACUGUGUACUGUAACAGCAUCGCAGCAGGAGGUGCUGCAGAGUGGGAGUUUGCUUGGUCAGAGUUUAAGAACGCCACCAUUGCAAUUGAAGCUGACAAACUCCGCUAUGCCCUUGCCUGCACGAAACAACCCUGGUUGCUAAACAGGUACCUGGAGUACACUCUGAUGCCAGACAUGAUCAGGAAGCAGGAUGCUACCUCCACCAUUGUCUACAUUGCCAACAAUGUGAUUGGCCAGUCUCUGGCUUGGGACUUUGUCAGGGCUCGAUGGUCAUACAUUUUCUCUGAGUAUGGUGGUGGAUCAUUCUCCUUCUCCAACCUCAUUAACGGAGUCACUGAGCGAUUUUCAACUGAAUUCGAGAUUCAACAGCUACGGCAGUUCAAGGAGGAUAACGCUGAGGUUGGGUUCGGCUCUGGAACCCUGGCAGUGGAUCAGUCAAUUGAAAGAACCAUUGCUAACAUGAAAUGGAUAGCAGAGAACAAGGACACUGUUCUGGCAUGGUUUGAUGACCAAUGACCAAUAAGGCCUGGUACUAGCUCUACAUGUAGUUGUACUUCAUCAGAUUUAAACAUAUAAUUUUUUCACAAUGAUUAUUCAUAGAGGAAGAUUUCACAUGACUUUAAUUGAAAUCUACACAAGCUCCUGUAAGGGGUAGUGUGUAAUGUCCCAACAAAAGGAUUUCAUCAUCUUUAGAAUAAACCAGGUUCACCUGUUGAGCCUAUCUUGUGCCUCAGUUUGGUUGAAUUUAAACUGGAAAAAAAGAGAAUUACAGUGUACUUGGAUCCUUAAAGAAGUGCCAAUUACAAAGUGAAAGGUGAUACUUCAUAGUAGACCAAGGGGACAUUUUAAUCGCAGUUGUGACUGAGUGUUUUCUCAUAAAGCAUGAAAAAUAAUUUAGUGAUGUUGCAGUCACGAAAUGACUUCUGUUAUUUUGUAUAUAUAUAUAUAUAUAUAUUUGUCAAUUUGGGUAAAAUAUAGCUCAUGAUUAAACAUG